AUGUCGUUACUAGAGUUAUAUGGCAGGUUCUGCCAAGAUCCGAAGGCGGAAUAUCUAGCUUAUGCUGCCGUAAUGGCAUAUGUCAGUUCUGGGUUGGAGUUUAACGGCCAAGACGACAUAGUGAAGCAACUACAAAAAGACAGGCAGGAGGUGAAAAGGCUAGACAAUGUAAUAUCGAAGCACCAAACAAACUCGGCUCUGGUAUUGGAAACUGAAACAUCUUUGGAAUUCCUACGGGGACCGGGCUCUUUUGUUCCUACUCUCAGUAGUAAUCUUGUGGUUGAUGAAAGGGCCACUAUAGUGCUUGUUCACAUUGUUGCUUUUGAUAGCAAUAGCAAAAUCUCUGGAAUCAAAUUUAUAUGGGAUCAAGCUACUUUAUUGAAGCAGCUGAAUGUUAUAGGAAACCGAGGAAAUGCUUGGCCCAUAUGUAAAGGACAGGACCAAGCCAAACUUUCUAAUAAAGUUCAACAGAAUAUUAGUGAAAGAGGACAUAUUGAAAAUUCUAUAAGCUUAAGUGACAGGGCUGUCCAACCAUCUGGGCAAAAUAAUUUGGUGUCCGAAAAUCAACCUCUACGAUCUUCUCCUGCUAGCCCAAAUUACAAUACGUCACAGAACGGUAUGCCAUGUCGUCUUAUUGUCAAGGAAUCUUCGAAGGAUUCUAAAGCGAUGACAACAAACAUUCACAGCGAUACGCAGUACCAGACUAGGCCCAAGCCAAGAGCAAAAGAGGUAUAUAUUAAUUUAUUCUCUGAAGAAGAUGACCUUCCUGGAUAUACGCGAAUUAUUGGGGGUGGAGGUGGUGGCUAUGGUGAUGCUAGAAAAGGUCUCAAACCAUCUUGGCAUUGGGGGGACGAAGGCAGUCAAGAAAAUUCUAUCUUUCCCUAA